AUGUCCACGCUGCCUCACCAUCAACAGUCAACCAUACCCAUUACCACAACACCUGUCGGAACCGCACCUCGGAAACAACUUGCAGCUGCUGCCGCUGCCGGUGCAGCUAUGGGCGCAGCAAAGUCCGGACGACCCAAGGGUCCAUACAAAAAGGCAGGUGGAGCAGGCGGUGGCGGUGGCGGACCCAGCAAACGAGGAGGCCGAGGAGGUGGUCGAGGAGGCAGAGCAGGCUCAUCCUUCGGUCCCGACGACGAUGAUGACAAGGGCGGCAAGGAUUCUGACGACGACAACGAGGACGAGCCCGAGGUCAGCAUUGAGGAACAGUUUAUUCUGCGCUUGCCCCCAGGGGAGAUGUUGGAUCGGUUCCGUGAAAAGGUCAUUGCACGCGAGGUUGAUGAAUCUGUGAAGCUCAAGUUUACAGAUGCGCGGCGGGGAACAUUCACAUUCGAGGGAAUCGAUUUUCCGACAAAGCUGGUUGAUCUUCCUACAAUAAUUGAGGCACAAAAGACGCUGAACGGGAAGCAGAUGUACAAGAUCGCGGAUAUCUCGCAGAUGCUGAUCGUGGAUGAAGCCCCAGCAGAAAAGGUUAUCAAAACGGAACCCGGAGCAGGAUCACGCAACCCAGCCUCAGAUGUCAUGCCAGCUCCAACAUUACUACCUCUGAAACCAAGCGAGUACAUCUGGCCAGAUGGUCUAACGAAUCCACUAAAGAAUGUUCGCAAGCGUCGUUUCAGGAAACGCGUGUCAAAAGUGGCCGUGGAGGGUGUAGAAGCCGAGAUUGAACGUUUACUCCAGGAAGACGCGCAAGCAGAAGAAGUGAUAUAUGAGAUGCGGGAACAGAUCGAUGGCAUGGACCGAUAUGACUCGGAAGAUGGCGCAACACCAGCUCCUGAAGGUGCCCAAAGUGAUUUGGAUAUGGAUGAUAAUGACGGUGAGAUGAUGGAUAUGGACGAGGAAGAAGAGGACGACGAAGACGAGGAGGAUGACGAGUACGAAAAGGACCUGUUGGCAGAGCUCGAGCGAGAAAUUGGUGGCGGAGAGAAUGCCACAGAUGAGGAAGGCGGAACACCACAGCCACAAGAGCGCAAACCAGCCUCACAACCUUCAGGACUUUCUGGAAGCCACAUCAGUCAUGCAGCUCCUCCACAGAACAGUGUGCACAAAUUUGGCGCACCAGGGGCAGGAAACAUUGGUGGCGCAGGUGGAUUGUCCGGGCUGGGAGAAAUCAGAAGUGCCAGCGGCAACCAUACAUCUACCACAGGGUUACCGUCUAAAUCAUUUGCGGGAUCCAUUGGAGUCUCCUCGGGCACCGCCAAUCAAAGUGACAAGGGCAAGGCCAAAGCUCAGGACGAGGAUGACGAAGAUGACGACGAUGAUGACGAUGAAGAGGAAGAGGAGGAAGAGGAAGAAGACGAUGACGAUGAUGAAGACAGUGGAUCAGACGAAGAUGAUGAAGACGACGACGAAGACGACAAGGAGAAGGCACAGGUGGAGAAGUUGCUGAAGGACGAGAUCAAAGAGCUGGACGGCAAGAUUCAAGAGAACGAGGAGAAACUCCAGUCGGCACCCAACGAGAUUUUGAAGAAACGCUUCAACCUUAUUGUGGAGCAGCUUCGCAAGGAGCUUGAGCUCAAGAAGUCGCAGCUUGAAGAAGCCCGUGGCAAGCCCAAAGGCAAAUAA